CGACGUCAUCUGUUUCGCAGCAGACUCCAGGAAGUGAGGAGUCGCUUGUUGUUAUUGUCCGAUUGAAAGUUAGCUAGUUACCACAUAUUUUUUGUUACUUUUCGUGGGCCGAAAAUGGCGACUUUUAUUUCUGUCCCGUUAAAGAAGUCGUCUGAAGUAGAUCUAGUUAAACCACUCUCGAAAUUCGUCACGGCGACAUACCCAGCGGGCGAGGAGCAAGCAGAGUACAUACGAUCCGUGGAGGAGUUGAACAAGCUGCGCAAGAGUGCUCUGGGGAGGCCGCUCGACAAACACGAAAGCUCUCUGGAAAUCCUCCUGAGGUUAGAAAUACUGCCAGACUGACGUAGCUAACUUAGUUUAGGUUCGCUAGUAUGCUACCUCCAGCUAGCCAGCUAACGUUAGCUAGCUACUUCACCUGUACAGAAAUGGCUAGUCUGGCUGCUAGCUAGCUAACUCCAUUGCAUUGCCGCACCAUGAAAUUCUCGGAUGCGGUUUUUCCUUUUGAGUCUUGUGUUUAACAAUUCAUGACAAGCUAACGCAUCGACAAUCAAUCAAUCAUGAAUGUCCAUUUGAUGCCUAAUUCCUCAAUAACGAGUUCCCUGUGUGAAAUGAACCUGCUGUCAAUUAGCUUAGUAGCUAGCAAGGUUGCUUAGCUAACUUUCCUGUUAGCCAAAUCAAGUAAAUGUCGUUAGGAUAAACCGUUGCAAUUAGGUCAUGGCUAUGCUGGCAUCCUCGUGAUUCAGUUUGACCAGCCGCAAUAUCACAUUUCAAUGUGUCAUUGUCAAAUUCACUAACGUCAUCAGACCAAUGAAGACCAAUAUCAAAAUCUUAAUGUUUCCAAUUCUAGCUAUAGUGUGUAUUGUUAUGUUAUUACAACAUUAAGUAACGUUAGUUUCAGGAGAGUUAUGGGUGGGUGGUGGGGGGGGGGGGACUACUACCUGCUAUGCCAUAAAGACUCAGACCUCUUGGAAGGUCCCCCACUAUAGCUUCUUGAAAGAUACUAAUCUGAAACAAGAUUAGGUGGGGGGAUGCAGUACUACAUACCGUUCAGAAUAGAAAUUGGCUAGGCUGUAUUGAUCUACAGCAGGGUUGCCCAACCCUGUUUCUGGAGAUCUAUCAUCCUGUGGGUUUUCAGUCCAACCCUAAUUUAACACACCUGAUUCUACUUAUUAGCUGCUCAACAAGACCUUAACUAGCUGAAUCAGAUACGCUAAAUUAGGGUUGGACUGAAAACCUACAGGACAGUAGAUCUCCAGGAAGAGGGUUGGGCAGCCCUGGUCUCUGUCUCUCUGUCUCUCUGUCUCUCUGUCGCUCUGUCUCUCUCUCUCUCUCUCUCUCUCUCUCUCUCUCUCUCUCUCUCUCUCUCUCUCUCUCUCUCUCUCUCUCUCUCUGUGUCUCUCUGUGUCUCUCUGUCUGUCUCUGUCUGUCUCUGUGUGUGGAGGUAUAUGUAGAUAUAAUAUAUUCUGCCUGCCUCCGGUAUUAUUCAGUUAAAGCAGAGCCAUCUCAUCUAAAAAGAAUACCCCCAACCCACACUGUGAGGUCUUAGGGAUGUUUUGCAUAGCGCUCUAUGGAGGAAACAGGACAGUUAUUUGGUUAACAAACCACCUCUACUCUACCAAAGAGGAUAUAUGAGUGUCUUUGACUAUAUUCUCCAGUCCCCUGUGACGUUAGACUCUAUUCUCCAGUCCCCUGUGACGUUACAGACGCUAUUCUCCAGUCCCCUGUGACGUUACAGACUCUAUUCUCCAGUCCCCUGUGACGUUACAUACUCUAUUCUCCAGUCCCCUGUGACGUUAGACUCUAUUCUCCAGUCCCCUGUGACGUUAGACUCUAUUCUCCAGUCCCCUGUGACGUUACAGACUCUAUUCUCCAGUCCCCUGUGACGUUAGACUCUAUUCUCCAGUCCCCUGUGACGUUAGACUCUAUUCUCCAGUCCCCUGUGACGUUAGACUCUAUUCUCCAGUCCCCUGUGACGUUACAGACGCUAUUCUCCAGUCCCCUGUGACGUUACAGACUCUAUUCUCCAGUCCCCUGUGACGUUAGACUCUAUUCUCCAGUCCCCUGUGACGUUACAGACUCUAUUCUCCAGUCCCCUGUGACGUUACAGACUCUAUUCUCCAGUCCCCUGUGACGUUAGACUCUAUUCUCCAGUCCCCUGUGACGUUACAGACGCUAUUCUCCAGUCCCCUGUGACGUUACAGACGCUAUUCUCCAGUCCCCUGUGACGUUACGGACUCUAUUCUCCAGUCCCCUGUGACGUUACAGACUCUAUUCUCCAGUCCCCUGUGACGUUAGACUCUAUUCUCCAGUCCCCUGUGACGUUAGACUCUAUUUCCAGUCCCCUGUGACUUAGACUCUAUUCUCCAGUCCCCGUGACGUUAGACUCUAUUCUCCAGUCCCCUGUGACGUUAGACUCUAUUCUCCAGUCCCCUGUGACGUUACAGACUCUAUUCUCCAGUCCCCUGUGACGUUAGACUCUAUUCUCCAGUCCCCUGUGACGUUACAGACUCUAUUUCCAGUCCCCUGUGACAGUUACAGACUCUAUUCUCCAGUCCCCUGUGACAUUACAGACUCUAUUCUCCAGUCCCCAGUGACGUUACAGACUCUAUUCUCCAGUCCCCUGUGACUUUACAGACUCUAUUCUCCAGUCCCCUGUGACGUUACAGACUCUAUUCUCCAGUCCCCUGUGACUUUAGACUCUAUUCUCCAGUCCCCUGUGACGUUAGACUCUAUUCUCCAGUCCCCUGUGACGUUAGACUCUAUUCUCCAGUCCCCUGUGACGUUAGACUCUAUUCUCCAGUCCCCUGUGACAUUACAGACUCUAUUCUCCAGUCCCCUGUGACGUUACAGACUCUAUUCUCCAGUCCCCUGUGACAUUACAGACUCUAUUCUCCAGUCCCCUGUGACAUUACAGACUCUAUUCUCCAGUCCCCAGUGACGUUACAGACUCUAUUAUCCAGUCCCCUGUGACAUUACAGACUCUAUUCUCCCCAGUCCCCUGUGACGUUACAGACUCUAUUCUCCAGUCCCCUGUGACAUUACAGACUCUAUUCUCCAGUCCCCUGUGACGUUACAGACUCUAUUCUCCAGUCCCCUGUGACGUUACAGACUCUAUUCUCCCCAGUCCCCUGUGACGUUACAGACUCUAUUCUCCAGUCCCCUGUGACAUUACAGACUCUAUUCUCCAGUCCCCUGUGACGUUACAGACUCUAUUCUCCAGUCCCCUGUGACAUUACAGACUCUAUUCUCCAGUCCCCUGUGACGUUACAGACUCUAUUCUCCAGUCCCCUGUGACAUUACAGACUCUAUUCUCCAGUCCCCUGUGACCUAUGGACUUUUCUGUCUUUCUAUCCUCUCUGGUUCUCUACCCAGUGAUCUAUUCUAUAAAGUACGAGUGACAUGAGCAGGGUUUUCUAAUGAUCAAUUAGCCUUUUAAAAUGAUCAACUUGGAUUAGCAAACACAACGUACCAUUGGAACACAGGACUGAUGGUUGCUGGUAAUGGGCCUCUGUAUGCCUAUGUAGAUAUUCCAUAAAAAAAUCAGCCGUUUCCAGCUACAAUAGCCAUUUACAACAUUAACAAUGUCUACACUGUAUUUCUGAUCAAUUUGAUGUUAUUUUAAUGGACAAAAAAAUUGCUUUUCUUUAGAAAACAAGGACAUUUGUAAGUGACCUCAAACUUUUGAACGGUAGUGUACAUCUAGGUAGGGGUUGUACCCUUGACAAACGCACCUCAUUCAACUCAUUGAGGACUUUGAUUAGUUGACAAGUUGAACUUUAUACUUUGCUCCCCUGUAUGGAGUCAAAUGACUAGUAGUUUACCCUGGUAUUGUCCACAGAGCAUUCUACAACAAUAGGUACAAUGGAGCCUCAGCUCAGCUUUCUCUACUCUGUUGUACCUCUGUCAUAGCUGCAGUUCUUAGGUUAAGCUGAUAUUGUCUAGCAGCCAGUCCCACUGCCAACGCUAGACUAUAGCUUUCAUGUUUAAAGACAAGAAACCCAACCACUGUUACCGGAGGAGGGUUUCGAUACCCCAUAUUUUGUGUCCUCUUUUCUUUUAGUGUCAAUCAGCGCCUCUCUUUCGUCCGUCCGUUCUCUCUCUCUCUCUCUCUCUCUCUCUCUCUCUCUCUCUGUCUCUCUGUCUCUGUCUCUCUCUCUCUCUCUCUCUCUAUCUGUCUGUCUGUCUGUCUGUCUGUCUGUCUGUCUGUCUGUCUGUCUGUCUGUCUGUCUGUCUGUCGUCUGUCUGUCUGUCUGUCUGUCUGUCUGUCUGUCUGUCUGUCUGUCGUCUGUCUGUCUGUCUGUCGGUCCUGUCUCUCUGUCUCUCUCUCUGUCUCUCUCUCGUCUCCUCUCUGUUCUCUCUCUCUGUUCUCUCUCUGUCUCUCCUCUCUGUCUUGUCUCUUGUCUGGCUCUCUCUCCAUGUCUCUCUCUCUGUCUCUCUCCCUGUCUCUCUGUCCUCUCGUCUCUGUCUACUGUCUCUCUCAGUCUGGUCCUCCUGUCUCUCUCUCUGUCUCCCUCUCGUGUGCUCCUCUCUGGUCUCUCUCUCUGUCUCUCUCCCUCUCUGUCUCUCGCUUCUCCUCUCUCCUCUGGCCUCUCUCUUCUGUCUCUCCUGUCUUCUCUCUCCUGUCUCUCUCUCUUUUGUCUCUCUCUCUCUCUGUACUCUCUCUGUCUCUCUCUCUGUCUCUCUCUCUCUGUCCAUGUCUGUCUCUGUCUGUCUCUCUGUCUCCCAUCUCUCUCUCUCUCUCUGUCUCCCAUCUCUCUCUCUCUCUGUCUGUCUGUCUCUCUCUCUCUCUCUCUGUCUUCUCUCUCUCUCUCUGUUCUCUCUCUCUCUCUCUCUCUUUCUCUUUCUGCUGUGUGAGGUAGGAGUUGGGAUGUAAGGGCUAAGGAGUGUUUGCUGGAGGAACAUAAUCAAUGUUAGCAUAGGCGUGCUAGCUACAGGGUGGUGUAGGGCCAUGCUAUCGCUAGCCUAUGUUAGCAUUCUGGUUGCGCUCUAAACUGCUGGUAGGUGCCUAGGAGGGGAUUGUUAGCAUUGUAGCCUCUUCUUGGCUCUCAACUAAUGACCCAUGUGCCAGGUAGCUAUGGCAACGGGCCUUGUAUUCCGUAUCCCUUUCACAGAAAGACAGCCAUUGUGUCAGAGGCAGUAAACUAGUCACUAGCAGAGUUGGCUGGGACGAAACUCCAAACAGGAAAUAUAAAUAUAAUUUGUUUUUCAUCAAAUACUUGAGGGUGCGCACCUUGCACUUUAUUUAACUACCCCAGGGGGUGUAAUGGAACCAGUGGAAACUGACCAGAAAAUGCAAACCCUGUAUAUAUGGAUGCACUUUGGUCACUUAGCAUGCCCACGUAGUCACAACGUUGCUAACUUUAGUGUAACCUGGUCCUCUGUAGCUCAACUGGUAGAGCACGGCGCUUGUAACGCCAAGGUAGUGGGUUCGAUCCCCGGGACCACCCAUACACAAAAAAAAAUGUAUGCACGCAUGACUGUAAGUCGCUUUGGAUAAAAGCGUCUGCUAAAAUGGCAUAUUAUUAUUAUUAUUAUUUAACCGUGGUAAUCAUCGUUUGUGCCUAAAACACAUUACACUCACAAAAGUUCCAAAAUAAUAACGACAUUUCAAAUGUCAUAUUAUGUGGCAAUAGUUAAAGUACAAAUGGGAAAAUAAAUAAAUAAACAUAAAUAUGGAUUGUAUUUAAAAUGGUGUUUGUUCUUCACUGGUUGCCCUUUUCUUGUGGCAACAGGUCACAAAUCUUGCAGCUGUGAUGGCACACUGGUAUUUCACCCGAUAGAUAUGGGAGUUUAUCAAAAUUGGGUUUGUUUACAAAUUCUUUGUGGGUCUGUGUAAUCUGAGGGAAAUAUGUGUCUCUAAUAUGGUCAUACAUUUGGCAGGAGGUUAGGAAGUGCAGCUCAGUUUCCACCUCAUUUUGUGGGCAGUGUGCACAUAGCCUGUCUUCUCUUGAGAGCCAGGUCUACCUCUCUCCCCACCCCUCCCUCGGUCACAACAAUAGACUACUCUCUGUCUUUCACUCUGUCAUGUCAUUCCUUAGAAUGUUCCAGAUCACAGAAGCAGAUCACUGAAGAAUAUUACCACACCAGUGUUAAUCUGAAGCGUGACAGUCGCUCCACUCUCUGACUCACUGUCAUGUGUCUCUGAGCCAACGCAGAUUUCCCAACACACUGUCAUUGGUCAAUAACACAGGACACACACUUCUCUCUCUUCUGAUUGUUACAAACAAUACAAGUGUGUUGGUCCUUCUUCUCUUGUAGGUACUAUGACCAGCUGUGUGCCGUGGAGCCCAAGUUCCCCUUCUCUGAAAACCAGGUACAUACAACCUCCCAUCCACUCAAUACAAAAUACACACUGUUGCUGAGGGGAGAUGCACAACAACGGCACAGUAGAAAACUGCAGAGAAUCACGUCACCGCUAAUCAAUAAUAAGAGGUGCUAAUGUUGCUAAUGUCUCUUUCUGUGUUCCUGCAGCUGUGUCUAACCUUCACGUGGAAAGAUGCCUUUGAUAAGGGCUCACUGUUCGGGGGCUCAGUAAAGCUAGGUAAGCCACACACACAUUCAGGCCGGUGGGCGUGGUUAGUUCUAGCAGAUGUAUGAGGAAGUCAUAUUGCAUGAUGGGUGUUCUCUCCUUGUCUUUUUUCAACAUACCUGAUUGAUUACCUGUAUAUAGUGUGUGUAGCAAACGCCAAACCCAGCUCUGUCUCUCACCCCUCUCUCGCGCUCUCUCACUUUAACACACACACACACACACACACACACACACACACACACACACACACACACACACACACACACACACACACACAGUAACCAACGUUCCCUCUAAGCUCCCGGGUAGUAGCUCGAGACUGCUGUGCAGCUUCCCUGUAAAAUAUCAGCCCACGGAGAGAAGCACUUGCUUGAACUUCACUCAACCUUCCAGAGUUUUCCCUGUUAGUUCACACUAUCAACAUUUCCCUUUACUGUGGCAAUUGUGAUCGAAUCAACGCAAUAUUAGCCACUUUCAAUGCAACACACCGAAAACAAAACGAACGAUGCAAGAUAUUUUGUUGUAGGCAGAACACAUCGGAGUAGGAUUCUAUUGGGCACGACUCAGCCCGUACUCUACACGGACCGGUGCGGUAUAACCAAUCAGAGCUGCAUAUAUGGAUCUGUGCCAUUUACGUUGAACUGGACUGUGUUUACAGCUGUGGUCGUGAGUAGAUGCACUUGUUUUGAGAUCAAAGCAAGCGCUGCAUGUAACCACGUGUGCACAUUUUGUUCAUAUCCUGUGCUAGUUAGUGAGUUAUUAGCCCAGUUAUAGAUCGUUCAUAGUCAUCAAUAGGGGAGUGACUGCUUCCUACAAGAGCACAACACUUGUACAUUUCUAGACAUUUGAAAAGUGAGUCAGGUAAAGAGCUUUUUUGUCUUAAAGGGGCAGUGUUGUAUUUUGAGACAGGCUUGAAUAAGCGAAGUAGCCAAUAGGCAGAGGGUAGCAUAAUUUGUCUGAUUCUCUGUAAUAAUGGUAUGGGAAUAAUAAUGCAUUUUAUUUUGUAAAGUGGUUUCUUGCAUCAAACAACACAACAUUUUCAGUAACCUCCUUGUCUGAAGGACAAGUGGAUUAACAGGUUAAUGUCAAGCCCUUCAUUAUUUUUUUUCUCUCCAAAAGUCUCACACAUUGGCUGCUACUGUACGCUGAAUGAUAGAACAGUUAUUUCCAUGUUAACAUGUUAUGGGAUGCAUUUUCUCCAUUGUUUUUGAUGGUAGGCCACUCUGGUAGGCCUACAUUAUGAUCAGAUAGCUACAGUAGCCUACUUGACCACUGUUAAAACUGUAACUUAAAGCGGGUACAGCCUCAGUGUUUACAGUAAACAUAAGCUGGAAGUUGCACAGAAUUUUCCCAACGUUCAAGUUUGCGCUCAGCAGACCUGAAAUUUGCUCAGUGCUGAUUUUUUUUUUAGUGGGAACAUUGAUAGUAACACUAGGAAACCACAAGGUAACCCUAUUGUGUGAGUAUUGUGAGGUAUACCUGAAGCUUUUCUGGCACCUUGAGCUCAGCACAGAGGAACAGGAAAGGCCAGGUGUGUGUGUGUGUGUGUGUGUGUGUUUGUGUGUGUGUGUGUAGUGUGUGUAGUGUAAUGUAUGUAUUUGUGUGUUUUAGCCCUGGCCAGUCUGGGAUAUGAGAAGACCUGUGUGUUGUUCAAUGGAGCUGCGUUGGCCAGUCAGAUCGCUUCAGAACAGAACCUGGACAGCGACGAAGGACUGAAGGCCGCAGCCAAAUACUACCAGGUACUUCUAUAGUUAUACUACAAUACAGCCGAAUACUACCAGGUACUUCUAUAGUUAUACUACAAUACAGCCAAAUACUACCAGGUACUUCUAUAGUUAUACUACCAAGUACUUCUAUAGUUAUACUACAAUACAGCCAAAUACUACCAGGUACUUCUAUAGUUAUACUACAAUACAGCCAAAUACUACCAGGUACUUCUAUAGUUAUACUACAAUACAGCCAAAUACUACCAGGUACUUCUAUAGUUAUACUACAAUACAGCCAAAUACUACCAGGUACUUCUAUAGUUAUACUACAAUACAGCCAAUACUACCAGGUACUUCUAUAGUUAUACUACAAUACAGCCAAAUACUACCAGGUACUUCUAUAGUUAUACUACAAUACAGCCAAAUACUACCAGGUACUUCUAUAGUUAUACUACAAUACAGCCAAAUACUACCAGAUAUUACUUCAGUACUACCAACGACACUAUAGCCAAUCACUAGUUUUUAUCAUAGUAAUACUACUUAGUAAUUAUAUAACCAAUACACUCUCUCUCUCUCUGUGUCUCUCGCUGUCUCUGUGUCUAUCCUGUCCGUUCUGUGUUCUUCUCUGUCCUCUGUGCUCUGUGUCUCUGUCUCUGUGUCAUCUCUGUCUCUGUCUCUCUGUGUUCUCUCUGCUCUCGUGUCUUCUUGUUCUUCUCUGGUUCCUCUCUGUCUCUGUGUCUCUCUCUGUUCUCUGUGUCAUCUACUCUCUCUGUGCUCUCUUGUCUCUGUGUCCCCCUGUCGGUCCUCCUCUGUGUCUCUGUGUCUCUCUGUGUCUCUGUGUCUCUCUGGUUGGUCUCUCUGUGUCUCUCUGUGUCUCUCUGUCCUCUCUGUCUGUGUUCUCGUGUCUCUGUGUCCUCUCCUGUGUCUCUCUGGUCUCUCGUCUGUCUCUGUGUCUCUCUCCGUCUCUGUGUCUCUCUCUGUGUCUCUGUGUCUCUCUCACCGUGUCUCUGUGUCUCUCUGUGUCUCUGUGUCUCUCUCCAUGUCUCUGUGUCUCUCUCCAUCUCUCUGUGUCUCUCUCUCGUCUCUGUGUCUCUCUCCGUCUCUGUGUCUCUCUCUGUGUCUCUGUGUCUCUCUCUGUCUCUGUGUCUCUCUGUGUCUCUGUGUCUCUCUCCAUCUCUGUGUCUGUGUCUCUCUCUCCGUCUCUGUGUCUCUCUCCGUCUCUGUGUCUGUGUCUCUCUGUGUCUCUGUGUCUCUCUCCGUCUCUGUGUCUCUCUCCUCUGUGUCUGUCUCUCCUCUCUGUGUCUCUCUCCGUCUCUGUGUCUCUCUCUGUGUCUGUGUCUCUCUCUGUGUCUGUGUCUCUCUCUGUGUCUGUGUCUCUCUCCGUCUGUGUCUCUCUCCGUCUCUGUGUCUCUCUCCGUCUCUGUGUCUCUCUCACACAGUUGGCGAGUGGAGCAUUUGGUCACAUUAAGGACACAGUGCUGUCGGCUCUGAACAGAGAGCCUACUAUGGACAUGUCUCCUGAGACUGUAGGAACCCUCAGUCUCAUCAUGCUGGCUCAGGCACAGGAGGUCUUCUUCCUCAAGGCUACCGCAGGUACGUGCACACGUCCCAUACACAUGCAUACAAGCUUUACGUGUGUGUGUGUGUGUGUGUACAUGAAUCGAGUAACCAUGGUAUCGUUCGCCAUGCAGAUAAGAUGAAGGAUGCCAUCAUCGCUAAACUGGCCAAUCAGACAGCAGAUUUCUACGGUGACGCCUUCAAGCAGUGCCAGUACAAAGAGAACCUGCCCAAGGUGUGUGUGUGCGUGCGUGCCCCCGUCCGUGUGUGCGAUUUUGGGUUUGUGUGUGUUUGUGUGUGAGAGAGAGAACUACUUACUAGAUGAGUAAGGAUAAGUGGGACUUUCCCAUUUCACUCAUUUCACUAUCUCUGUUCUGAUUGGUUGAUUACCAUACAGUCUCCAUUCUGAUUUGUUAUUCACUAACUGGGCUGUUUUCUCAUUUGUUGUUCACUACUUGGGCUGUAUUCUUAUUGGCCCUUUCACCGUCGUACUUCCAUUCUGAUUGGUCUCUCACUACCUAAUAAUGGGCUUCUGAAAUGACGUGUGUAUGAAAUCUGACUGACCUGUCUCACUGCCUGUAUUACUACUAAAAUACACACACACACACACACACACACGCGGUCUGAGGUGGGAACACAUGGGCUGGACUUUGCAGAUGUCAUAACACCCACCCACACACACACACCACAAACACUUGCACACACACACACAGUUCUCUGUGAUGAAGGUUGGGUGAAUGUUGCAGAAAGGUUAAACACUCACUGCCUGUUCUUUCUCCCGCUAUCCUCCUCUCUCUGCAUCCCGUGUGUGUGUGUGUCUGUUCGUGAUGUGCAUACUCAUUCGUGAUUUGCUGUUGCCGGUGUUUGUGCUAUUCUGUGGUUUGCCCCUUGUGUGUGUGGUUUGUUCUGUGUCUCUGUGUGUGUGUGUGGUUUGCUCUGUGUGUGUGUGUGUGGUGUGUGUGUGUAUGUGUGUGUGUGGUUUGCUCUGUGGUUGCUCUCUGGUCAGUAUAUUUAUUUCCAGGAGGUGUUGCCGGUGCUGGCAGCUAAACACUGCAUCAUGCAGGCCUACGCUGAGCUGCACCAGUCUCUCCUCGCCAAGCAGAAGAAACGCUUUGGAGAGGAGAUUGCUCGCCUGCAGGUACACACACACACACACAGUCACACACACACACACACACACACACACACAACCCAGUGGUUCCUACAGUGUUUGUAACCCCACCUGACAAUUUAGUGAUUUUCCUAUGACCAAAUAAGCACAACCACUCAACCAAAGUCUUCUCUCACUCCUCUAUUCUCUCUUUCCCUCAGCAUGCUACAGAGCUGGUGAAGACGGUAGCGUCUCGCUAUGAUGAGUACGUCAGUGUGAAGGACUUGAGUGAUAAGAUCAGCCGUGCUCUGACCGCCGCUAAGAAGGACAACGACUUCAUCUACCACGACCGCGUCCCUGAGGUGAAAGAUCUGGAACACAUCGGCAAGGCAGCGCUGGUGAAGGCUACCGCCAUCACGCCUCCGCUUAGCGCCAAGUUCACUGGUGAGAGGGACAAUACACACACACAGUCACACACACAUACACACACACACACACACACACACACACACACACACACACACACACACACACACAGUCACACACACAUACUGUCAUAUUUUUAUUUUAUUUUUUUCAGGUCACAAACACACACACACACACACUAUUUAUGUGUAGAUAUCUGAUAGAAUUCGCAAAUGUGUGUGUGUGUGUGUGUCUCUGUAUAGACUUGUUUGAGAAUAUGGUGCCCAUGGCGGUGCAGCAGAGUAUGAGCACGUACAGCCUAAGGAAGGCUGAGACCAUCCACAGACUGGUGGGAACCUUGAGGGAAGCUACCAACCUCUGCAACGGGUAUGGAUGUUACUUUAGAAUGCAUUAACAAUUUAAAUUGAUUGUUGUCAACUCAAACAACAGGGAUGGUCAACUGGCAUGCCGCCGCCCCCUUUUUUGUCGUUUUUAUUUUACCCCCUUUUUCUCCCCAGUUUCGUGAUAUCCAAUUGCAAUCCGAUUACGAUCUUGUCUCAUCGCUGCAACUCCUCAACGGGCUCGGGAGAGGCGACGGUCGAGUCAUGCGUCCUCCGAAAACAUGACCCGCCAAACCGCGCUCCUUAACACCCGCCCGCUUAACCCGGAAGCCAGCCGCACCAAUGUGUCGACGGAAAACAGCGUUCAACUGACAACCGGAGUCAGCCUGAAGGUGCCCGCCACAAUGAGUCACUAGAGCACGAUGAGCCAAGUAAAGACCCCCCUGGCCAAACCCUCCCCUAACCCGGACAACGCUGGGCCAAUUGUGCGCCGCCCUAUGGGACUCCCAGUCACGACCGGUUGUGACACAGCCUGGGAUCGAACCCGGGUCUGUAGUGACGCCUCAAGCACUGAGAUGCUGCGCCACUCGGGAAGCCCCAGCCGACCCCCUUUUGAAGGCCCUCGGAUCAAUGACAUGUUUUUUUCUCAGUCGGGGUCUCAACUUCCUGUUGACAGUUAGAAUAGUAGAACACACAAGGUGCGGAAUUCGGAAUGUGGUUGUGCAUAAGCAGUUUUUCUGUUGUCAUGUCAGUCAAUUAAGCCCUGUCAGUUAAAACAUUUUAUAUUGCUAAAUUACUUUAUUGGCCAGCUAUCUAAACUUGUUAGUCAGUCUCACUCAGAUAUCAUAUUCAAAACUGCAAACAUUUCUCUCCAGCCUAUGGCGAAAUGAGUAGAAUUGCAACAAACUUGUUUUAAAACUAAAAAACUAAAAGUAAUGUCUCUCUGUUGUAAAUUUGGCCCUGCUAUUUCUCUCUGCUGGGGUCCCCAGGGGUGUAUGGAUGUGGGUACGCAGACUGCGGUCCCUCAUGAUGAGUUCAGAUUUUUUGUGCCCCCCAACCCCAUCAAAGUUGCCCAUCCCUGCAUUUCAAUAUCAAUAAAGGUUGAUGUAUUGAUAGUGUAAACGGUGUCAUGACGUGUCUAUAUUGAUAAUGUAUUCAUAAUUGAACAACAGUGUCCUGGCAUCUCUGAACCUGCCUGCGGCUCUGGAGGACCUGUCUGGAGAUUCUAUCCCACAAUCCAUUAUGGAGAAGGCCCGUGCCAUCGUCCAGCAGGGGGGGCUGCAGAGCAUAGAGCAACUGAUCCGAGACCUGCCCGAACUACUGACACGCAACAGAGAGAUCCUGGAUGAGGUACGCACACGCGUUUAAAUACCCAUGAUAUAUAUGUAUUGUAUAAUGGGUGUGUUGAAAUAUCCAUGAUAUAUAUGUAUUGUAUAAUGUGUGUUUUUGUCCUGUAGUCUCUGAAGAUGCUGGGUGAUGAGGAGUCGACAGACAGCGAGCUGAGAUCCAAGUUCAGCCAACGCUGGAACAGAACUCCCUCUGGAGACCUUUAUAAACCACUCAGAGCAGGUACACACACACACACACACUCCUGGAGACCUUUAUAAACCACUCAGAGCAGGUACACACACACAUUCCUGGAGAUCUUUAUAAACCACUCAGAGCAGGUACACACACACACACACACACUCCUGGAGACCUUUAUAAACCACUCAGAGCAGGUACACACACUCCUGGAGACCUCUAUAAACCACUCAGAGGAGGUACACACACACACACACUCCUGGAGACCUUUAUAAACCACUCAGAGCAGGUACACACACACACUCCUGGAGACCUCUAUAAACCACUCAGAGCAGGUACACACACACACACACACACACACACACACACUCCUGGAGACCUCUAUAAACCACUCAGAGCAGGUACACACACACACACACACACACUCCUGGAGACCUUUAUAAACCACUCAGAGCAGGUACACACACACUCCUGGAGACCUCUAUACACCACUCAGAGCAGGUACACACACACACUCCUGGAGACCUCUAUAAACCACUCAGAGCAGGUACACACACACACACUCCUGGAGACCUCUAUAAACCACUCAGAGCAGGUACACACACACUCCUGGAGACCUUUAUAAACCACUCAGAGCAGGUACACACACACUCCUGGAGACCUAUACACCACUCAGAGCAGGUACACACACACACUCCUGGAGACCUCUAUAAACCACUCAGAGCAGGUACACACACAUCCAAAAAGAAAGAUAUUGUUAAAUACUGAUACGUGUGGUGUUGUGUACUACUUUGGAAUCUAAUGUUAUGUUAAAUGACCUGUCAACCCCCUCCUCCUCCCUCUCCUCCCACCGGUCCAGAGGGUGGUAACUUCCGCAGUGUGCUGGACAAGGCAGUGCAGGCUGACCAGGUGGUCAAGGAGCGUUAUAAUGCACACUGUGAGAUGAUCGCUCUGCUCUGUAAACCUGAGGCUGAACUCACCGCUGCCAUACCAUCAGCCAAUCCUGCGAAGACACUGCAAGGCAGCGAGGUGAGAGUGUGUGUGUGCGCGUAUGCUAACAUUGUGUAUCCUGUCUUUUACUUGUGGGUGUGUGUAUAUCCCCUCCCUCUAGGUGAUGUGUGUGUGUGUGUGUGUGGUGUGUGUGUGUGUGUGUGUGUGUGUGUUCUAACCGUAUGUAUUCUCCCUCCAGGUGGUGAGUGUGUGUUCUAACCGUAUGUAUUCUCCCUCCAGGUGGUGAGUGUGUGUUCUAACCGUAUGUGUUCUCCCUCCAGGUGGUGAGUGUGUUGCGUUCCCAGCUGGCCCAGCUAGUGGCGGUGAAGGGGGAGAGGGAUGGGCUGGAGGCGGAGAUUAAGGGCGUGACCUUUGACAUGUCCUCCAGCUUCCUGACGGCUCUGGCUCAGGACGGGGCCAUCAAUGAGGAGGCGCUGUCAAUGAGCCAGCUGGACCAAUCAUACGGCAGCUACAACCAGAAGGUUCAGGCCAGCCUCCGCUCUCAGGAAGAGCUGCUGGGCAAAGUGCAGGUACACACACACCUGUGUGUGUGUGUGUGUAUAUAUAUAUAUAUAUAUAUAUAUAUAUAUAUAUAUAUAUAUAUAUAUAUAUAUAUAUAUAUAUAUAUAUAUAUAUAUAUAUAUAUAUAUAUAUAUAUAUACAGUGCUAUGAAAAAGUAUUUGCCCCCUUUCUAAUUUUCUCUACUUUUGCAUAUUUGUGAUACUGAAUGUUAUCAGAUCUUCAACCGAAACCUAAUAUUAGAUAAAGGGAACAUAAGUGAACAAAUAACACAACAAUGACAUAUUUAUUUCAUAAACAAAGUUAUGCAACACCCAAUGCCCAAGUGUGAAAAAGUAAUUGCCCCCUUACACUCAAUAACUGGUUGUGCCACCUUUAGCUGCAAUGACUCCAACCAAAUGCUUCCUAUAGUUGUUGUACAGGAAGCACUUGGUUGAAGUCAUUGCAGCUAAAGGUGGCACAACCAGUUAUUGAGUAUAAGGGGGCAAUUACUUUUUCACACUUGGGCAUUGGGUGUUGCAUAACUUUGUUUAUGAAAUAAAUGAACUAAAUAUGUAAUUGUUGUGUUAUUUGUUCACUUAUGUUCCCUUUAUCUAAUAUUAGGUUUCGGUUGAAGAUCUGAUAACAUUCAGUAUCACAAAUAUGCAAAAGUAGAGAAAAUUAGAAAGGGGGCAAAUACUUUUUCAUAGCACUGUAUAUAUAUAUACACACACACACACCUGCAUAUACACACACACACACCUGCAUAUACACACACACACACACCUGCAUAUACACACACACACACACACACACACACACACACACACACACACACACACCUGCAUAUACAGUUGAAGUGGAAAGUUUACAUGCACUUAGGUUGGAGUCAUUAAAACUUGUUUUUCAACCACUCCACACAUUUCUUGUUAACAAACUAUAGUUUUGGCAAGUCGGUUAGGACAUCUACUUUAUGCAUGACACAAGUACUUUUUCCAACGAAUGUUUACAGACAGAUUAUUUAACUUAAAAUUCACUGUAUCACAAUUCCAGUGGGUCAGAAGUUUACAUACACUAAGUUUAAACAGCUUGGAAAAUUCCAGAAAAUGAUGUCAUGGCUUUGGAAGCUCUGAUAGGCUAAUUGACAUCAUUUGAGUCAAUUGGAGGUGUACCUGUGGAUGUAUUUCAAGGCCUACCUUCACACUCAGUGCCUCUUUGCUUGACAUCAUGGGAAAAUCAAAAGAAAUCAGCCAAGACCUCAGAAGAAAAAUUGUAGACCUCCACAAGUCUGGUUCAUCCUUGGGAGCAAUUUCCAAAUGCCUGAAGGUACCAAGUUCAUCUGUACAAACAAUAGUACGCAAGUAUAAACACCAUGGGACCACGCAGCCGUCAUAACGCUCAGGAAGGAGAGACUCGUUCUGUCUCCUAGAGAUGAACGUACUUUGGUGUGAAAAGUGCAAAUCAAUCCCAGAACAACAGCAAAGGACCUUGUGAAGAUGCUGGAGGAAACGGGUACAAAAGUAUCUAUAGCCACAGUAAAACGAGUCCUAUAUCGACAUAACCUGAAAGGCCGCUCAGCAAGGAAGAAGCCACUGCUCCAAAAACGCCAUAAAAACGCCAGACUACGGUUUGCAACAAACAAAAAUAGAACUGUUUGGCCAUAAUGACCAUCGUUAUGUUUGGAGGAAAAGGGUGGGGCUUGCAAGCCGAAGAACACCAUCCCAACCGUGAAGCACGGGGGUGGCAGCAUCAUGCUGUGGGGGUGCUUUGCUGCAGGAGGGACUGGUGCACUUCACAAAAUAGAUGGCAUCAUGAGGAAGGACAAUUAUGUGGAUAUAUUAAAGCAACAUUUACAUUUACAUUUACAUCAUUUAGCAGACGCUCUUAUCCAGAGCGACUUACAAAUUGGUGCAUUCAAUUUAUGAUAGCAAGUGGGACAACCACUUUUUUUUUUAUUUAUUUUUUUUAUGGGGGGGUGGAAGGAUUGCUUUAUACUAUUCCAGGUAUUCCUUAAAGAGGUAGGGUUUCAAGUGUCUCCGGAAGGUGGUCAGUGACUCCACUGUCCUGGCGUCGUGGGGGAGCUUGUUCCACCAUUGGGGUGCCAGAGCAGCAAAUAGCUUUGACUGGGCUGAGCGGGAACUGUGCUUCUGUAGAGGUAGGGGAGCUAGCAGGCCAGAGGUGGAUGAACGUAGUGCCCUUGUUUGGGUGUAGGGUCUGAUCAGAGCCUGAAGGUAAGGAGGUGCCGUUCCCCUCACAGCUCCGUAGGCAAGCACCAUGGUCUUGUAGUAGAUGCAAGCCUCAACUGGAAGCCAGUGGAGUGUGCGGAGGAGCGGGGUGACAUGAGAGAACUUGGGAAUGUUCUGGAUAAGUUGUAGGGGUUUAAUGGCACAGGCAGGGAGACCAGCCAACAGCGAGUUGCAGUAAUCCAGACGGGAGAUGACAAGUGCCUGGAUUAGGACCUGUGCCGCUUUCUGUGUAAGGUAGGGUCGUACUCUGCGAAUGUUGUAGAGCAUGAACCUGCAGGAUUGGGUCACCGCUUUGAUGUUAGCAGAGAACGACAGGGUGUUGUCCAGGGUCACGCCAAGGCUCUUCGCACUCUGGGAGGAGGACACAAUGGAGUUGUCAACCGUGAUGGCGAGAUCAUGGAGCGGGGCAGUCCUUCCCAGGGAGGAAGAGCAGCUCCGUCUUGCCGAGGUUCAGUUUGAGGUGGUGAUCCGACAUCCACACUGAUAUGUCUGCCAGACAUGCAGAGAUGCGAUUCACCACCUGGUUAUCAGAAGGGGAAAGGAGAAAACAUCUCAAGACAUCAGUCAGGAAGUUAAAGCUUGGUCGCAAAUGGGUCUUCCAAAUGGACAAUGAC